AAAGUUUUUUGCGCCCUCUGUGGGGAAAGACGACACGUCACAUAUGCUGUUUUCGUCAUAAAGUGCUUCUGCUUUUCCGGUUUUACCUUGAAAUCGCUACUCGAAAGUCGAAGAAAUUCACCUCCUCAACAUGAACAAUUCUGCGUCGAAUUCAAAUAAAUUUCAAGAUGAACCCAAAACUCCUGACGUGUCUGAUGGUAUGGGAGAAUUUCCCAUGUCCCAAUCGUUCAUGAAUUUAUCCAUCGAAGAACAAGAAAUUAAAAAGGAAGAGUGGAGGAAAGAAUUGGCUGAGGUGGAGUAUGAAAUUCAAACAAUGCGCCAAGUCUUAACUUCUAAACUAAGGAAAUCAUCAGAACUUAAAAGAAAACUGGGUAUCACUGCCUGGGGAGAAUUUUCCAAUGAUAUUUCGCAGGGAUUGAGAAAUGUCAAGGAGACUUCCACCUUCCAAACUAUUGAGGAAAAGGUGGAGGAGGUUUCCAAGGCGAUUUCUAGUGCUCCCUUGUACCAAAAAACCGAAACUGCGCUGAAGACGACAGCAGAAAAAACGACAACUUUCCUUGGUGGUAUCACUGGAGGACUAUCCGCCAAAAUAGGAGCAGUUAAGAAUUCCGACACUUUCCGUUCCAUGGAGGAAAGAGUCGGCUCAGUCUACACUAAUGUUAAGUCUAAGGUGGUGACGUCACGUUCCAGCUCAUCUCACGAGUUGGACGAAGCUCUCAAGGAAGCCGAGGCCCAGCGAGAAGCUGCCAAUUCUGGUGGUUUGGUCGUCUCGGGCUCGUCGUCAACUGCUACUCCGACCACUACACCAACCCAAUCGGAGAAGCCAGUGGCCUAAACUAUUAAAAAAAAAAGAAAAAAGGAACAAAAAAAAAAAAAAAAAAGAGGGGGGAGAAAAACACAAAUGGGAUCCUAGAUCGAGAAACUGGUCGUGUUUGAUCUCUUCGGUUGCAAAAAAAAAAAGAGAGAAAAAACAAACCAGUUUCUCAAUUCCCAACUCCAUUAAAGUCUUUGCCGUAAUCAAUUUCUUUUCACUUUCCUUUAUUUCAUUUUUAUUAUUAUAAUUCUUUGCGUGCGUUUGUUGUUUCGAGGGAAAAGGAGCUAUUCUUCAUAAUGUAUCCGCAGCCGUUGGGAUAAUUUUAGAGGGAUCUAAUAAGAUGGUUUCUUUAUACAUCAGCAACUACAUGAAUAAAAAACCAACUGAAGUAACUGCCAACUUUAUUAGUAGCAGCAUAAGGGAAGCUAAAACGAAAAGUAAUAAGCUAGUAACGCCUAAGUGGUGAAUGUGGUUUUAGGGAUAUGCAGGUCUGUUACCUUCCUUGAUUUCCUCUCGAUUUACGAGUGUGUUGGUGUUCAAUCCUAUAUCUGUCACCUCUCUUGCACACGUCGUUCGCCGCCCGUGAAAACUGGUGAUGAAAGAAAGAGCGAGAGAGUAGAAACUGUGAUGGCCGAACACGACUUUGUUGACUUGCACUCGUUUAAUUUCUUUUUUUUUUAAACCCCUACCCACUUAACCUCUUUACAUUAUUCACAUUGUUCAAUCACGCAACCACCCGCCAUCUUUCCUUUUUGCCUCCCCUGACGAAUCCCAUCGAUGGCACUUUUCCCCCUCGAUUUUCCAUUGGUUUUCCAUGUUGAAUUUUGUUUUCUGUUAAGUCUUCGCAGAAAAUCUGGGAAAAAACAUUUCUCGGUUACAAGAAAUGAAACUGUUCGUAUCCAUCUCACCGAAAUUUCCCAACUCUCCAGUGGUUCGAUUUGUUAUAAAAACUUAUUUCUUAACAUUUUUUUUUUUUGCAUUUUCUAUUAUCGUUUAGCUUUGGGAAGCGCGGAGUCCUUAAAAAAAAAUGUCAUCUGAUCUAAUAAGUGUUUUUCCAUCGUUUCGUUAUGUCGAAAUCUUUCUGUCGGCCGAUUUAUCUAUUCGAUCUUUAUCUUCCUUAACUACAGAAAUAAGUCUGCUCGUUUCUCUCUCACUGGAAAUACAACGUUUAGCUUAAUGA